AUGGCUCCUCCUCCACGUCUACGCAUCCUGUCCGUGGGUGGCAAUGCGAUCUCUGCCUUUUUAUCGUGGCGGCUUCAGGCGACGACUUCCUGCGAUGUCACCCUGGUCUGGAAAUCUGGAUUCGAAGCCGUGUCUCAAUACGGUGUCUCCUUCAAAUCAAAAGCAUUCGGUAAUGAACGAUUUAAGCCCCGUCAUGUUGUUCGCGCUCCCGAAGACGCUUCCUCCCGCGAACAAGCCUAUGACUAUGUCAUUCUCUGCGUGAAGGCUCUCCCGGAUGUCUAUGACUUGGCUUCGGUGAUCGAAUCGGUCGUUACCCCCCAACACACCUGCAUUCUUAUCAACACCACGAACACCAUCGGCCUCGAGUCCCAUCUCGAACAACGAUACCCGACCAACGUGGUCCUUUCUCUAGUUUCCAACGUGGAAAUCACCCAAACGGGUGCUAGCGAGUUUGAGCACCUCAGUUCCAGUGAAAUUAUUGUGGGCGCGACCAACAAGCAGUCCUCUAUUCCCGCAUCUAUUCAGAACGACAUGGCCGCAGCAUUGGCCAUGACCCUGGGCUCGGGCCAGGUCGAAUGCAAAGUGUCGGAAAAUAUUAGACAGGAACAAUUUGACCGGAUGAUUGGGCCGAUCGCAUUCCAUACCGCAAGCGUCGUUUUCGAUACCCCUAAUUCCACACAACUACUGGAGAAAGCCGGUGUUCGCCAAUUGGUGAACGGAAUUAUCGACGAGCUUUUGGAGCUGGCCACUGCGCAGGGCUGCAAAUUCCCGAACGACUUCCGACAGAAGACAGUUGAGAAGAUGACCGCAUCUGAAGCCCCCAGCACCAUGUACCAGGAUUUCCAGGCUCGCCGCCCGAUGGAAGUUGAGACCUUCUUGGGAUCCCCAAUCAAGCUCGCCACCGAGUCCAACGUGCCCGUGCCUCGUAUUGAGGCCAUGUACGCCAUGCUCCACAAUGUCAACAUUGUGAACCAGUCCAAGCCGCGACAAGGCGAUUCUCCUCCCGCCUCAGUUAUCGGUCAUCCUCCUCCCAGAAUGUCCUCUGCUCCUCCGCAGCGACCCCCUAUGAAUGGUGCUCAGAUGCGAUCGAGCCGCACGCACUCGAGCAUGGGGUUGCCACCAAAUGCACGACGAGGCCCGCCCCAGGGCAUGAUGCCAAGAGGCCGCGGUGGUCCUAUGCCUCCUCCUGGAAAUGGCGUUCCCCGUGACCCGUCAUUGGAAGGUCUGGAGGAGUUCAGCCACCUGGUGGUUUACGACGGAGCUGAAGGUGAAAUGCCGCACGCUAAUGGCAAUGGCUUCCCUGAGGGCGCUGCUGGUCCCGGUACUGAUAUUGCACUGAGGGAGCGUGAACUGGCUUUGCGCAAGCGCGAAUUACAGCUUCGCGAGCAGGAGAUGGGCAUGGGCAUGGGCAUGGGAAUGCCUAUGCCUCCGGGUAUGCGACGAGGCCCUGGCCCUGGCCCUAGCCCCGGCCCUCGACGACCACCUCCCCGAGCGACGGCUUUUGACGAAGAGGACGAAGAUUACUUUGACCCGAUGGAUUCCAUGGGAAUUCCUCAUGUCGACCCGGAUCAGGUUGAUAUGAUGAGCAUCACCUCUCGCCGAGCACGCAAGGCCCCGAGCCAGAGCCAACUUAGGAAUAACCCGGAGCGCUUCGCCGGCCCUCCCAUGCCUAACAGCCGACCCUCCUCCUCUGCAUUCGGUCGAUACUUCAACCGCAAGCCCCGCCCAACUGACCGCGCCAUGCAAGAAAUCCCGAGUCUCCACGACUCUCUUCUCGAUAACCCUUUAAUGAGCUACUCUUCCGACAGAUAUGGAUCCGUUGACCGCAGUCACUUGAAUGCAGGCUCUCGCGCAAAUUCCAUCACUGCUAGUGCCAUGGGCGAUUUCGCUCCCCCGCGUCCCUACCCUACGAGUCGGCGAAACAGCCACUCCCCCGCCGCUCCCUUCCCUGGACCCCCGGGCCCUCGCAUGGGUCGCCCCAUGACAGCCCAUGACCCCAAUCUUGGAAUCCCUGGUGCCCCUUCAUAUAACGGUCAACCGUCGCCGCCUGGAAACAUGCGGACACCGGUACCCCGGAACCCGUCUGGUCACGGCCCCCCGGUUGGCCCGCAAUCAGUUGAGCAACACUAUGGGGUGAGCAACUCUCCUGCCAAGGGACCCCCUCCCAAGAACAAGAGUCUGACUGGAAGUGCGAGUGCCAGCGCGGAGAGUGGUGAUAGCGGUGCCAGUGCGAACGUUGAUUCGGCUCACAGCAGCGAGGUCAGCCUUGGUGACCAGCACAUUGCAGCGGCUAUCCACUGA